AUGCCAUUUGAUAGUCUAGAUCUUGAUGGUACAACGGGUAAGACUGAAGAGUCCCUUGGUAUUAAUGCAACAAAGGACAUUUUGAACAAGACCACUGCAGCUAAGAAGGCUAUGGCUUGUGAAAACUCUGGUUCAUUGUAUGACCCUAGAGAUAGUGCUGGCAGUGAAGAGAGUGUAGUUGAUAAGGUUUCACAGAAUGUGCCUUGCGACACCAUCAUUGCUAAUGAAGGAGCAAGAGGUUCAAAGAGAGUGCGAGCACCUGAUGAACAAGGCCAAAUCAACCUCCUAGAGUGA